AUGAAAAGAGUUCCGGGAAAAGACUUAAUAAGGAAAAAAACUUCUAUAUUUUUCAGCAAAAAUACUAGAGGAGAUGUCAAGCAGCAAAUUAUCCAAGUGGCUGGGGUAAAAUCCUCUCAUCCUUAUGAAAGAUACCUUGGACUUCCAACGUUGAUUGGGAGGGACAGAACAAGAGAUUUUAAGCACAUCCUGGACCGAGUACGAGGCAAAAUCAGUAAUUGGAAGGUGAAGUAUCUAUCACAAGCUGGGAAAGAAACUCUACUUAAGGCUGUUAUUCAAGCUCUUCCAACAUAUAGCAUGGGUGUUUUUAAAAUCCCAAAAACCAUCUUACAAGAGCUCAAUAGAUUGACUAAAAAUUAUUGGUGGGGCCAAAAGAAUGACGAAAGCAGGAUUCACUGGUGUUCAUGGGAUAAAAUGAAGCUGUCCAAGACCAAUGGUGGCUUAGGCUUCAAAGAUUUAGAACUCUUUAACUUGGCUAUGCUUGCCAAGCAGGGUUGGAGACUUCUUCAUUAUCCUAAUUCAUUUACUGCGAGAGUUUUAUCUGCUAAAUACUAUCCUGAAGUUUAUUUCUUAGAAGCUAAAGUUAAAAGAACAUCAUCCUUUAUUUGGAGAAGUGUAAUGGCAGCAAGGCCAAUUUUGGAAUCUGGUUUAAUGUGGCGUAUUGGUGAUGGUUCCAAAGCCCGGAUUUGGCAAGACAAAUGGCUUCCUUCUCCAUCUUCAUUUAAGAUUCAAAGUCAAUGCCUUGAUAUGGACCUGGAGGCUAAGGUGGCUACUCUCAUAGAUCCCUAA